GUUGGCACGACUUUGGGUUGCCCUCAUUUGCUUGUUUUCUCGUGCUUGUUUGGCUGUGUGGGCGGUUGUAUUUUGGGGUGCAUCGGGGCUCGGGAUUGCUUUCAGUGCUCAUGGACAACAACCAGCAGAGCAAGGCUAUUGCUGAGUUAUCACAAGCAAUUGCUUUCAAGGUUGAUCUGAAUUUGCUGUACCUUCGAGCGGCGUUUUUUGAGACCAUGGAGGAAUAUGACAAGGCAAUCAGGGAUUGCCGGAUGGCACUAACAAUCGAUCCAAACCACCCAGAGAGCAUAGAGUUGUUUCACGGAAAGCUUGCACAGCAUAUUUGCAGAGAACCAUCUUGAUCCAUUGUGUAAGAGUGUCUGAACUCUACUACACAUUUGAUUGAGGACUUCAUCAUCCUGUCGACACGCUAAUUUGUCACUAUGGAAAGUUUUUACUGAUUGCAGCACAUUUGAAGAGAACCAUUCUUGCACCAUUGUGUAGUUCUCUUUAAACUCUACUACACACUUUGCAGUGGAUUUUGACCUGCUGACUUGGUCAUCUGUCAUCGGGGCCCCGUACUCUCCACGUAGGGAUUCUUUGAAGCUGUAAAUUCUCUGUUCUUCCCCUCCCAUCUGUCUUCUUUUUUUUCUCUUCCUCGUCCCCUACUUCAUACUCUAUCUCCCUGCUACCCUGAGGCCAUCUGUCUCGGACUACUUAUUGUCCGCUGAGUGAGGUGGCGUUUCCUCAUUUCCGCAUGGUCCACUCUGCCUUGGAUUGGCUCUCCUUGGUCUUUACCAGAGAUUUAUUAUGUAGUUUCUUGGACUCUUUACCAGAGAUUUAUUAUCUAGUUUCCCUUCUAGUUUCCCUUUGCUGAAAGUAACGAAUUUUGAUUGAUGGAAUUGGUUUGUAGGUGCUGGCCUUCUAGGUAGGGCUUUUCAUUUGACGAGUUGUUAAGUGGCUCUCCUUCAGUCAUGGUGCAUCAUGAGGUCCCUUUCUUUUGCGCAUACAUAUUGUCUGCAGCUGGCCACCAUGCAUGCCCUCGUUUCAAUGGCCGUUCCUCCUGUCUAUCUAGAUUGUAUCUAGCUCGUUUGUGCCUCUCAGUCUGAUUGUCUCAGUGUCUCAUUCAAGGGGGGGGAAGGACUGGACAUGCUUCGCAGGAAGACAAGAAAAGAGCUGACCUGUCCCCACAUGUGGCCUGGGACUGAGAAAGAGAGGAAGCAAGGCUGAAAAAGUGUGAAAGGAGGAGAAGUGAGGGGAAGUGAGACGGGAGAGAGAAAAGGGAUUUCUUGUCAGUCUCUUCUGGAAGGCUCGGACCAUCUCUGAGUGUUCCUUGAUACAUCUUCCUAUUCUAGGGCUGGGGGGUGGGGGUGGAGCAGGGGACAGUGGAGAUGCUUUGCCCCAUGACAAGAAAAGAGCCGACCUGUUCCCUGUAUGUGGCAUGGCACUGUGGAGAAAGAGAGAGAGAGAGGGAGAGAGAGAGAGAGAGAGAGAGAGAGAGAGAGAGAGAGAGAGAGAGAGAGAUCGUGAUUCUGUUCGGGAAGUUUCAGAGUCUUCAGACCAUGUCUGAGCACGCCUUGAUAAUCUUGCUCUUGCGCAACAUGCAGAUGUGAAUGGGACAACGUACAUGAGUGUGCUCUUCAGACAAAUGCCUUCACUGAAUCACUGGGUUGAGAACUGAUCAGUCCUCGAAGAGUUUGGAUGCUCUCAAGCUUUUGCAUCUUGCUUCAUUUAGGGGUUGACGAUGCGGAACUUCCUUCGUCUGGGGGUACUGCUCAGAAGCCCAAGAAAGCUUCUUCUGGGAUAUUUUUCGCUGAGCUAAUGUGGCUAGUUCUUGUACUUUCGAGCGUUGGUCACUUUCAUGCUACCAUACAUUUUGCAAGAAGGUGAAUCGGAUGCCAUCUUCUGUGUGAUCAUCUGGCCGUAAAUGGCCGAUUUUCAAGCAUAGUAGUCCUAUGUGGUGCGAUGGAGUCUUUCCAUCUAGGAAAGGGAGGGGGAUGACAUUUCAGUGCUCGUCUGCAAUCAUACAAGGAGGGCACAGAGAAGCUGAUGAUUACCAGGGGGUCUUUCUCCAGCAACGCCCAAAGGAGAAUUGUCAUUGCUGAGGAUUUGCCAGCUUGAGCAUCCGGACUUACAGUCUCUGUUCAGGGCUGCCUGCUGCUCUUUUCUCGACAACAUUCGACUAGAAAGCAGCGAAGCAUUUGUUCGAGAGAACAGUAGCAGUGAAGCAGUGACUGCAACAGAGGAAGCAACUUCGGAGGCUAUUGGGAUGGCAACGAUGGCAGCACUUGCUGGCUCUCAGCUGUCACUACUGGAGUGUCAUUUUGUUGGAUGCGGUCAUUCUACAAAUAGUUUAACAGCACAGGCUCCUUGCUGACUGCAGAUUCUAUCUGCGGUUAUAUUUGGCAGGUAUGUAGCAAUAAGGAAUGAAAUGUCACGACGAACUUCGAUCUGGAUUUUCUGAUUUUCAGGCAAAGUGUUCCACUCUUGAUGAAGAGUAACAGAGUACUUUUGCCUAUAAAAUCACAAAUGGGUUUAAUGGGGUGCAUUGUGAAGACAGGGAGGGAUAGUGAAGGACAAGGAUGUUUGCCUGCUGCACCCCUAUCCGCCUACUUUCCGCUAGUGCUUGUGCACUAGCGAGAAAAAAGUUAAGCUAUGAAAUUUGAAUAAUAUUGGGAAACUCUGCAAAGUUGUGAACAUGUACAUCUCUGCCCAUUCAUGUACUAGGUAAGCCUUUCAGAACGUAAAAGUAAAUAGAAAUUCUAAGA